GCCCACAAGAAAGAAGAGGCAUGUCUGCUAAAGAGCAGGAAACGGAGAAGCCUACUCUACCGGGAACGAUCAGUCAGCUCAAACUGCCCGCCGUGGACGUUACUUAAUAGCAGCAAACGAAAAAUGUCUACAGACGCGUAAAAUACUACAAUCCCCUUCUGAGCUGGGCCUUCGGAACGGCUGAGGAUGUGGUCCACCGUGCAAGCAUCCCCGCCCCACUGGUGCACAAGUUCGACCACCCGCUUCAGCUGAUCGAACAAACCCUGGUCAAGGGCAUCGGCAAAGUCCAAGGUCCUCGGCACGGUCAAACACCGAGAAGAUGUGCGAACUGCGACAGGCCUCCCAGCAGAAGGCCGUCUCCUUGAAAGAGUUCUCCCGGAAGAAAGCCAACGAAGUACUGACCUUCCAGUACGGAAGCAUCGCCGUGAAUGGCGUGGACACAACCGCUCAGCUGGCCGAGCGUCUACUGGACUUGCGAAGGCGACGAAGGAAGGAAGAUCCAGCCCUGCACACCGUUCAGAGCGUAGGACGCCUCUCCAACAAAGUUACCCAACGCGUCUACCGCACCGUGUACAAGCAGGUGAAAUCCCUCCGAAAGGAAGAUGUCAAGGAGUACGUCCUCACGUUGAUUGCCGUCCUCCGCCUGACCCAGUACCGCAACCCCUGAACGACAAACGGCAACAGACCGUGGAAGAUCAGUCCGCUCCUGCUAGCACCAGCAACAGUGCCAUCCCCGCCCCCGACAGCUCUAGCUUCGCUCCUGCAUCUAAUACACACUUAAUCUCAGAAUUUCAUUUCGGUAAAGUUAAAUGACGAAUACACUC